AUGAGACAAGGCGGAAAUGCGCAAAGUUGCCGAGGAAACUCGUAUUCCUUUCAGCACAUUACAAAUAAGGAUAAAGAUAAAUUUAAACCUCUAAAAUUAGGAAGGCAUGCCGUUUUUAACGAAGAGCAAGAAAAUAUACUUACAGAAAAAGCAACAGCAUCAACUAGCAGUAGGAACGUUAUAGGACCGCAACCUUCUACAAGUGUUGAUAUUACAAAUUAUAAACCAAAUGAUAUUAUAAAUCAAGAGAACAAUAAAUCCGACAGUGAACCUCUAGCUAGCGUACUUUCACAACUAAUACCUCUGCCUAGCAUUGAUAAAGAUCAGGACCUGGUCACAACCGCUUCACUUACUGAUGAAGACAUUAUUGAUUCAGUGUCAAAAAGUAAAGAGGAACAAAAUCAAGAUGAUCAAGUGGACGAUUCUGAACCAUCACCAACUGUUCAACAAGCACUUGAUGCCGCCAAAGUUGUAGAAAAAAUCUUAUUGUUUCAUGAAGAUGGUUCCACCACAUCCCAAGACAUGCACAAAAUACUUGAAAAAAUAUAA